AUGGCACAAAGUGUAAACCAUAAAAUCCUAUGGAAUUUCAUAAUUUUGACUAGCCUGCUGACGUUCAAUAGUGCUGUUGUCUUUAAGUUGACCAAUGCGGUCUGUGAAUCAUUCAACAAAUCCUCUGUGGUCGUGAAUCAAUGCCGCUUGAGGGCCGUUCAACGGAACAAAGCUGUUCUCAAUAUUGAGGUGAAUAUUUUGGUUCCAGCUGAAUAUAUCGAGGUGAGAAUGCAAAUACUGAGAAAAGGAAAUGGCUAUAAGCCGUGGCUAUUUGAUGUCACACUUGAUGCUUGUAAGUUUCUGCGAAAGAGCUUCAAUCCAGCCGUGACUAUGGUUUGGGCACUAUUUAAGGAUUUCACCAAUAUUAAUCAUACAUGCCCUCUUCAAGGCUAUACAGUUUUGAAGGACUUUUACCCUAGACCCGAGAAGUUACUUAACCCGUUUCCCACUGGAGAAUAUUUAUUAAUUGCAACCUUUAAAUUCAAUCAUCAACGAGCUAUUUCUUUGAAGUUUUACAUAACAUACGAAGAAGAUUUCGUGUCAAAUUAAAUAACAUUUCAA